AGGUUACAGGCGGACCGAGCUCCAUCACCGGCUUCAAUGGAGAGACUGCAGAGUGACUGUGUGAUCGCCCUGGGUGCUCUGCUGUGUCUGGCUGCACAGGUCUUGUGUCAGCUGUGUGAGCGGCCCUGUCUCUGCCCCGGUGCUGCCCCUGCGUGCCCCCCAGGGGUCCCGCUGGUGCCGGACGGCUGCCGCUGCUGCAAGGUGUGUGCCCGUCAGCACGGCCAGCCCUGUACGGAGAUGCUGCCGUGUGACGGCCAGAAGGGACUGCAGUGCGACUACAGCGCCAGCUUCCCCGGGGGUCCGGGGGAGUGUGUUGGUCAGGAGGACCUGGGCUGUGAAGUGAAUGGCGUCAGCUACCAGGAGGGCCAGUCCUUCCAGCCCUCCUGUGACACGUACUGCCACUGCAGAGGCGGAGGGCUGGUCUGUGUGCCAGCGUGUCCCCUGGACGUCCGCCGUCCCACACCGGACUGUCCCAACCCACAGCACGUCCGUCUGCCAGGGAAGUGCUGCAGGGAAUGGGUGUGUGAGAAUCUGGACAACACGGUCAUUAAGGAUGCCAUUACAGCCAUGAGACCAGACAGGUUGUGGCCUGCUCUGUCGAGCAAUAACCCUUUAAAGAGAGUGAUCCCCCCCCGCCCGCCCUGUGUCCAGCAGAGCACCCAGUGGAGUGCCUGCUCCCAGAGCUGCGGGUCUGGGGUCUCCACACGCGUCUCCAACCACAACCCUGCAUGCAAACUGCAGAUGGAAACUCGACUUUGCAAAGUGCGACCGUGCCAUGCUUUUCACUCUGGCCCAAGGAAACCUAUGUGGGGCCAGCGAGGGGAAUGUAAAGCCAGCUACACGUCACCUGGGCCCAUCCGGCUGGUUCACCACAGCUGCUUCAGCAUCCGGGCCUACCGGCUCCGCUACUGCGGCCAGUGCGCUGACUCCCACUGCUGCACGCCACGCCAAACGUCCACCGCUCAAGUGUCUUUCCGCUGCUCCACAGGCAGACUGUUCCAGCGAGCCGUGAUGAUGAUCCAUUCGUGUUUCUGUCAUAACAACUGCCCCUAUGCACCGUACACAAAUCCUGCUCUCUGGGGGUACAGGCCUUGAUCGGCACAUGCACUAACUCACUGAGAGAUGCAAAACCAAGUCGGGGAACGGUUCCAUCCCAUGGGAAUCAACGUUGCCCAAAAUCGACAUUGAUAGAAAAAAAUGAAAUAUAAAAACUUUGGCAGGUUUGGACUUUUACCUUUACACUUGGAUGGACUUUUGUUUAAAAAAAAAUCUAUAUAAGCCUACUUCUGCACUUUGGGGAAAAAAUAUUGAGCCAGUUUUUGACUGUUUUUAAAAAUCAAAAUAAUUAGGUUAAUUGAUCAAACUGUUCACUGUCAAUACUUAGAGUACAUUGCACACCUUACCAAAGAAGGGAAAACGUGGUUUACAUUGGAACGGGACAGUAGAAAGAAAAAAAAAAAAAAA